AUGCAGAAUAUAUUACUUCUUGAACGUGUUUAUUACAAUAAAUGGAAAUUUAGGCUUGAACAACGUGAAGAUCUAUUAAGACUAGGUGAUUUUCGUAAAGCUGAAGCUUUUUAUUCAAUGAAAAUUAUUAUUCGUCAUUGGUUUUCGUGGCGUCAAUACAUAAGUUACUGUAAAAAAGAACAGUCUCGAAUACAAGUGGCUAUUAAUUAUCAUAAUUCAAAAUUAAUCAGAAGAUAUUUUACAAUGUUACGUUCGAAUAUACACGAAGAAAGAUACGAGCAAUUACUUGACGCAAAUGCUAUUAAUUUUUAUAGAACUCGUCGAUUAAAUUUAUAUUAUCAUCAUUGGUCACAAAUAACUCAAACACAGCAACAGUUUCAAUUAAAUUGGAGAUUGGCAAUUAUUCAUCGAGAGAAAACAAUACGUUUGAACUAUUUUCGAACAUGGUUGCAUAAAGGGCAAAUGAAAUUAAUUGAAAAUGAACAUAAUAUUAUAGCUGAAAGAUAUUAUUUUAAAUGCCUUAUUCGUUCUGCAUGGAUGAAAUGGCGUGCUAUAAUCGAAGAAGUUCAUAAUGAUCAACAUUUAGAACAGAUAGCACUUCAGUUUUAUUACCAUACACUUGAACGACGAGUAUUAAGUUCAUGGAAAUUGUAUGUUAUUCAUUGUCACUAUAUGAAACAAAAAUAUGCACAAGCAAAUCGGUUCUAUCUCGAACAUAAAGGGCGAGAAAUUUAUUAUUAUUGGAAACGGCUAACUCGUAUACAUAAAGAACGAAUGUUGGUUGUUAACAAAAAAUUUGAGCAAUGUCAGCGAAAUAAUAUUCGACGUGUGUUUCGUUUAUGGAAGAUGAAUGUUGAUGAUGAACAUUUUGAACGCGAACAAAUAAUUUUAACUGAUAAUCACUAUAAUCGAUUAUUACAACGAAAGGUACUAUUAGCAUGGAAUAGGAAAAUUAAUAAUCAGAGUGUCAAAAAUGCAGAAAAUGAAGCGAAACUUUAUGAACAUAUACGUCAGAAAAACUUACAUCGAAUGUAUCAAGUUUAUACCCAUUGGAAACAAUUACGCGACGAACAUCUUCAUGAAAAAUUAUUUUUGAGUCGAGCACAAACAUAUUAUGAGAAGAAAACACUUGUACGAUGUCUUCAGCAAUGGAAAGAACAAUAUAAUUCUGAUAUGCACCUAAAAUUGUUGGAACGUCGAGCUUUAUGGUUCGAUCGCAUGCGUUUAAGCGGUCGAUACUAUUAUCAAUGGAAAUAUUUUUAUGGCAAUGAACAACAGUUGAAAGAGAAAAAACAGAAUGCACUUUUAUUCUGGUCCAUUCAGCUACAGAAACAAUUUUUUGUUCAAUGGUUAUUAUAUGUCAACGAACGUAAACGUAAGAAAGCUCGAUAUGCUGAAGCAACGCAAAUUCGUCAUGAUGCUUUGAUACGUGAUUCACUAAGAAAAUUUCUUGCUUAUACCGAUCAUGCAAGACAACGACGGCAAGCCAGUUUUAUUCAUAAACAAGUUUUUCUUCAUCAUGAUCGCAAUGCGUUGGCAUGGAAAUAUUAUUGCAAGUGGAAGAAUUACGUAGAAGAUGCUUUAAAACGAAAACAUAUUACUCACUCAUUGAAUGUUAUUCAUACAAAUAAACAUCAGACAAAGCCAUCAGCUAAAAUAGCUGUAGCACUCGUUCGAUUUGAUAACAGUCCGCCGAAGAUUGUCAAUCGUCCUCGUCCACGGAAGCCGUCGUUUUUGUCAGAAUCAUUUCAUACUGUAGAAACAACUACCGCCACUACUGAUACAUAUGAUCCGACAAAAAUAACAGCAACAAGGUAUAUAAAGAUUGCCGUUAUAAUAUAUAAACCGUAUAAUUUUUUUUUACAUAAUAGUCGAGGUAGUCUGCAAUCACCAUCACAAAAUAUUUUAUUUGCAUUGGCAACUACUAGUGAUCAACAGCAUACAUCUCUUCCACAUUCGAUUCAUUCACCAUUUGUCAAAUUUAAACAGUCUAAAUCUGGCGAAACUAAUAGUCCAAUAUCAUCGUCUCGUUUAUUAGAUUUCGAUCAUCAUCAACAUCAAUCGGCAUCAUCCGAUAUUCUUCUCCUUCCACCUUCUGCAUUUGAACUAAAUCAUUCACAUAAUGAUGACGAACCACCAUUUUCUUCACGCACAGCAGCAUCAACAAAAAAGUCGUUGCAACAACAGCAAUUACAUCGUCCCAGUUCUGUUCAACCGACAGCGAAUAGUAAAUACGAAUUUGCAGGUUUUAAACAUCGUAAAAAAACACCUGAUAUCACAUUAUCGUUUAAAACGAAAGAGAAAAAAAAUCUUCUGCAAACUAAACACCGUCUUGAAAAUUAUAUACGAAACAAAGAAAAACUGAAACGAUUAAAAUUCCAGUUGACUAAUUUACAAAGUGUAUCAGAUCAGAACAAUACUCAAAUUCUUGAGCAAGAACUUCGUCAACUGAGUGCACUUGUAAUAUAUGAAAAAUCUCAAUUAUCUAAUGUGUUACAAAAUGUUGAUAGUCAUAUGACUUCAAAUUAA